AUGCAGUUCAAAGGACGAGAGGAGGUGACCGAGUUUGAUCAGCAGCACUUCCAGGCUGAAGGGCUCUUCGCCCAAAACUCCUCUCAGGGGCACAAGGAGUAUCAAGAUCGACUUCGUGCCAUCCAUUUGCGAAAGGAAGGCCUCCAAAAGGCCGCGAUUGCUGAUGCUCUGGGGCGUUCCGAGCGCUUUGUGGCCAAGUGGUGGCAGAAGGAGGUGAAAGAGAUUCCGAGACCAUGGGGCGUGCAUGAAUAUUUGACCAAAGACAUGGGCCGCAACAAUCACGGAGUUGGUCAAACCAACGGCGCCACCAUGACGGAGGACUCGGUGCAGGAUACCGCCACAUGGUGGCGCGAUGUGGAGGUGAAACGCAAGUUUGCGGACGAUCCGGGCAUCUAUGACGAGAUCCUGCAGAACACAGAGUGGAAAGCCAACAAUGCUCGCACCCGCGAUUUUGCCACUGGCGCCUACCACUUGAAGUACGACCAACGAGGAAACAUCCGUUGGGAAGGACAUCAAGCUGGAAAGUAUCGCCAGGGCUUAUCACCCGCAACGGAUAAAGUCCUCCAGAAGCUCUUUGUUGAGUAUGGCAUUGCGGAUAGGACGUCCGGGAUUAUCACCAACUGGUAUCCUGAUGGUCAAGGAUACCUAGGGAGUCAUCGCCAUGAUUGCUGGACGGCGUUGUUCAGCUUCGGCCACGAGCGGAUCUUGACGAUCGACAACACGCCACUGCUCAUGCAGGAUGGCGACCUGUGUAUCUUUGGCACCCAGAGGCAUGGGGUACCAGUCAUGCCAGAGAUCUCGGAAGGUCGGAUUACGCUGGUGGUCUUCUUCUACCCGAACAACAUGCAGAAGAAAGGCAUGUGGCAGACCAUCACCGACCCCGAGACGAUGGCACCCUCAGCACCUUUGGGCCGCAUGCUCCACGAUGAACAGCUCAAUCUGGAACAUGAGAAGGAGAUGAUGGCGCCUCAGUGGGAGCAGGAGCUUUCAGCUUUGCAACAGCUGGGCUUCAGUCCCUCCGACGCCUGGACAGCGCUCCGCACCGCCGCCGGCGACGCCGACGCCGCGGCGGAGCUGCUGCUGCUGAGCGGAGCGGUGCCCAGCAGUGCUGCCGAGGUGGAGGAGAAGCAGAGAGGUGGACGAUUCCAAAAGCGCUUGCAUGCCACGAGUAGCUCGAUGUCUCCUCCAACACCAGGUCCUGUGCCAGGCACAUCCAGCACUUCGACCGAGCUUCCACCUACGGAGGCUUCAACGGUGUCUGAGGAUGAAGAGUUGGCGAUGCGAUUGAGCCUCAUGCAGGUCUGGGUUAGCUGGAUGGGUUGCAGGGGGUGGGGGCGGGCUUUCGAUGGUGGCGUCAAGCCGUGCAGGAGCAGUCGGAUCAGCGUUUCGCGUGACAGACGCAGGGACAUUUUGCGGAGCUUCCAUCAUGGGAUGCUUCUUGCGCUGCGGCUUCGUCGGCUUGAUGGCUUUAUGGACAGCUGCCGCCAACCAUCCCAUGGCUCCUACCUGUCAUGGAUUUGGUGGCUCCAGCUGUGCGACUGCCUCUCCGGGAGCGAGUGGCAAGAGGAGGGGAAGCUCUUUAGGGCCCUGGGUUUUGAUGAAACAGAUCGGUCAGGUGACAAGACUUUGGCGGUCAAGGUGCCGGUCCUGGGUUGCUUUUCCAAGCCCUGUUGGUUACAGAGCAUCCGAGUGGGGAUUGAUGAGACCAACAGCGUGUCCGGCCUGGCGAAGGAUGGGAGCUGGGCACUUGGACCCUCUGAGACCCUCGCAGUGCCCACCUCCUUGUCCGACCAUGCUUGGCUCGCCUUUCCGCUGCGAGGCCAUGAUAAGGAGUUGCGGACGCUACAAGAGGUGGACCAUGUUUGGUUGGUGCUCAACACCGACCAAAGCGUGAAACUCACUUACGAGAACGCCAACUCACUGGAGGAGGCCACUCGCUAUGUCUCUGAGGACUUUGCCGAGGCCUUUGCACUCACGCGCCAAUGGGAACAAGAGUCUGGCAGGCAGUGGGGUGGACACUUCCGGAACCUUCGGAUGCAGAUGGACCUGGGCGAUGUGUCCAUCCUGCCCGGCAGCCUGCCAUUGAUCCUGGAAGCCCCGCAUGGUGGGCGGAUCUACACUGGGUGGCCACAGCGCAGCAGUGGGGUCCUGACUUCAGAUCAGAACACCGACGUCUUCGCUGAAGCCUUGUGGUCGGAGCUGGGCCUGCGCUGCGGCCGCUUCCCGCGUGCGGUGAUCCUGCGCGUGAAGCGCCAGGGGGUGGAUGCCAACCGGGCGACGGGGACCACCAGCACGCCAGGUGGGGAAGACUGCUCCACGCAGAGCAAUGGCGAAUGUUGCUGCGAUUUGCCCGACGCCGGUGAUCAACAAGUAGCAAUGGAGCUAAAUGAUGUGUAUCACUCCCUUCUGGCCGAUGAAGUGGCUGCGGCCUCCGACGCCCUCUUGGUGGCCGUUCAUGCCACCGGGCGACACCGCGUGGAAGUGGGUGUGCGACUCUCCGCCACGGAUCUGAAUCAGGGUGCGGGAGAACAUCCGCCGUCGCUCCAGCAGCACGACUCCGAUUCCUCCCUACGGGCCUUGGGAGGUGCUACAGAGUUGGUUUGGGGCUCUAGCAGCUUGGGCCACUACUUGAAGACCAACCGUCCCUCGAUGGAAGUCGUUCCCUCCCCAACGCUACGCUGCCCGGAUGACGCCGUGUGCCCUGGAUCCUCCUACAGCAGCCUCUUCAUGGGUGGGCAUAACUUGAAGAUCCACGUGUCCAACACACAAGCAGGCAUUCAACUGGAGCUGCCACAAGUGAUGCGAGGCUAUGGUUCUUCACCUCCAAUGGUGGAACCUGCUGCUGUAAAGCAAGUUGCAGCCGCCUUGGCGUCGUUUCUGAACGCCCACUACCAGGAGACCUGUGAGACAGAUGUGAACUUCGGUUUGAGCUGCAGCCAUGGUGAGGCACUUCAAGGUGUUUGCGUGUGUGACCAGGGAUACGUCGGCGAGACGUGCGGCAGCUGCGCUGAGGGGUAUCUCUUGGUGGGUGCCACAUGCCAACGCCUGGUGAUCAUCAGCCCUCCUGCGGAGGUGACACAGAAGUAUGGCUCUGCCUUUGUGACGACCAGCUCAGGCAAGAAGUAUUUGUACACCCGCAAGUUCGCCACCGACCUGGAGCAGUGCGGUGCACCAGGCUGCCGGCCCCUGAACUUGAGUGUGCGCAUCCGCUGCGAUAGUGAUCAAUGCCACAACGACGUGGACGGUGCCGCGUACACCAUGGGCGGCGCGGUGUACGAUGCCGCGGGGCAGCAACUCUGCAAUGGCACCAUCUCUCGCACCGCCCAGGCCGAAACCGACUGGUGGCUGCAGAUCCCUUUGCAUUCCUGCCCAGUGCUGCAGGAGAGCCAGCCAGAUCAUGGUGCUGUGUACCUGUCAAUUUGGACGAGCAAAUUAGUGAAAGUGCGCUGGGAGCAGCACCCAAGUGCUACAUCCAUCAGUCGAGGGCUCCAGUACAAGACGGAGCUAUUUCAACAAGAUCCAACGGCGCAUUCUUCCGAUGGUUUGGUCGAUGCAGUGCCCCCAAGUCAACUUCCAAGUUGGAAGGACCUCCCCUGCACGAGCGCCAGCAGCUGCAGCAGCGAUGACUCUUGCGACUGCAUCAGUGGCUGUACCUGCCGAAGCUGGAGUGGUGAUUUCUAUGGCUUAAUGGAGCCGGAAGCUCAGACCAUGUCGGAUGCCGAAGUAGCAGCUUUGGUGAUGCAGCUUGAAGAGUUGGAAGCCCCGGAGGUGGACCCCAGCUUGUUGGUGGC